GCGGAGUAAAAGCAGAAUACCACUCUACAAGCCGCUUUGAAACGCGUGCGUAGACGCUAACAACUAAAGCCGCUGUUGGCUCGUUAAUCUCCCCUCGGAAAGGAAAGAAAUUAAUAAAAAACAAACUACACAGUGUUUAUCUUUUGAUUGUUUAUGCGCUUAUAUUUUCAAAUUCAUUUUGUUCUAACAAUAAAUGUUUGUAAUUUGUUGUUCUCUUUAAAUAAGUGUUUUUUAAUUUCUAUUUUAAUUGCUUUAAUGUUUUUAAUUUUGAUAUUAUAAUUUGAAAAAUAAUAAAAGUAACCAUAUCUGUGCGGGGCAUAAAGUGAAUUCAAAUAAUAUCGCUGAUAUCGCGCCCUGGGGAAAACUCGGGUAAAACUUUGAGUGAAAUGUCAUGUACUUAUGCGGAUGGCUUGUCGCCCUACGAGAACAAAGGCGUAUUAGGCUUAGAGGAGAAAUACGACACUCAAGAAACACUUCGACUUAAGUGUGAUCUUCUUGCUGAUUGGAUUAAAGGUGCUCGGCAUGUUGUCGUUCACACAGGAGCUGGCAUUAGUACAGCUGCUGGAAUCCCUGAUUUUAGGGGACCAAAUGGAGUUUGGACAUUGGAAAAAAUUGGCGAAAAACCAUCGAUGAGUGUUGCUUUCGAUGAUGCGAUUCCAACAAAAGCUCACAUGGCUAUUAAGAAAUUAAUCGACAACAAUAAAAUUAAGUACAUAGUAAGUCAGAAUAUAGAUGGAUUACAUCUAAAAUCAGGAGUUGGAAGGCAAUAUAUUGCGGAAUUACAUGGAAAUAUGUUUGUUGAACAAUGCGACAAAUGUGGAAGGCAAUUCAUCCGUAACUGUUCAACAAAAAGUGUUGGCAAAAAAUGUCUCGAAACGGUCUGCAGAUCAAGUCAAACGGGAGGCCGUCCUUGUCGUGGAAAAAUGCACGACACAAUACUCGAUUGGGAACACAAUUUACCCAAUGACGAUCUUACACUUUCUGAUCUUCAUGCCAGUGUUGCCGAUUUGAGCAUAUGUUUGGGAACGACUCUACAAAUAAUACCCAGUGGAAAUUUACCUUUAUACACAAAAAAAUACGGCGGUCGUCUUGUUAUUUGCAAUCUACAGCCAACAAAACACGAUAAAAAAGCUGAUUUAAUAAUAAAUGGUAAAAUCGAUGACAUAAUGACAAAUGUAAUGAAAACAUUGGGUCUUGAAAUUCCUGAAUAUGAAGUUGAUUUAGAUUCAACGAGAAAUCCUGAUUCUGAUUCACCAGAAAUGGAUUGGACGAUACCAAGUAAUUUAAUAAAAGAAAUGAAAAUUCUUUAUAAAAAAGUAUGUACGCCAGUUAAACGAAAGCGAAAGACAUUUAUGUACGAAAGAGAAAUGCCAAAACCAGUGAAAAAAGAAAGAAAACCAACAACAACAUCAUCAUCAUUCCUACCAAAAACAGAAAUAAAAACAGAAUUAAAAUCAUCAUUUUUACCCGAACGAAAUAAAGAGGAAAAAAUUAUUUUAUCAAAUGACUUAUUGAAUAUUAAUAAUCAAAAUCAAAAUUUCAUAAAAGAUUUUUCAAUAAAACAAGAGCCUACAAGUAGUAAUAGCGAAAAUGCAAUAAAUGAAAAUGAAAUUGUCACAAAUGAUAAUGAAAAUGAUGAUACAUUUGAUGUUAAUGAUUGUAAUGAUAUAAUUGACGCUAUUGACAGUAAUAUUAUAUAGUACUAGGAGCAGUUGGGAUAAAAAAAGAAAAGAAAAGAAAGAAAAAUGAAAAACAAAAAAAAAAUCCAAUUUUCCCCUAUACAUUUUUAGUACCUAGCAACGUGGCCGUAUUUAUAAACGCAUAUUUGUAAUUGUGAGUGAUUGAAUCAUAAAUAUUUAUCUAUUAUAUAUAAAAAUAUAAAGCGAGAAAAAAAAGAGAUAUUUAAACGAAAAGAAAGAAUUUUGAUCGAUGCGAGUCUCAAAACACACAAAAAAAAAAAAAAAAAAAUAUUAAUGUUAUUGCAUUUAAAAAUUAGAUGAUUGCUAAUUCCAAAUUUUUGGACAAACUACCUCUCGUUGCUAUCUGUCGAAUAUUAAUAAUAAUUAUUAUCGCCGAUCAAAGCUCAACAAGCACUAACGAAAUUUCCUUUUUUUAUAUUAUAUAUAUAUAUUAUAUAUGCAUAUAUAUAUAUAAACAUGCGAAAUCAAAUCCUGGAAGAAAAUAUCCCAAAGCUUGUUGUUUACAUUUUUCACUCUCUUUUUUAUAUUAAUAUUGGAUCAAUGCAGUGAAAAUUAUUUGAGAAUAAUUGUUGAUAUAUUUUUUCUAAACAAAAUUUAGUUUUUUUUUUAAGCGAAACUAAUUUAAAAACCAAACUGAGCCAAUGAACUUAGAAAUUCGUCGAGUUUCGCUUAAAAAAACUAAAUUUUCUUUUUAAAUAUAUCACCAAUUAUUCUCAAAUAAUUUUCAAUGGAUUGAUCCUAUUGAAUUUUUGAAAAUAAGGAAAAACUUCCCUCAACCCCUAAAAUUCGAACAAAUCAUACUUUUUCUCAAUUUUUUUUUUAAAAUAUAGAAUAAAAUAGAAUUUAUUUUCUUUUGACAGUACAAAAUAUUUGUUUCUUGUCCAUUUUUUUUUUUAAAUAUAAUUUACGUGAUUUAGAAAAAAAAGAUUUAUUUAAAUUCGUUCAGAUUUAAUUAAUAUUUCCAAUGGAAAUAUCCAUUUAUUUUUUAAUUAAUUUAUUUAUUAUCACAUCUUUUUUUGAAUUUUUGUAUUUUUUUGGACUUUACAAAAAAUUUUGUUUUUUUAAAAAUAAACAAUUUUGAGAAAAAGUUAUAUGUGAUUCGUUACAAUAAUAUUAAGAGUGAAGGGGGGGGGGAAGGUUUUCUUUUCAAGAAAAAAUCGGACAAACAAUCGGAACAAAAGUUAAUAUUUUUGUAUUAUUAAAUUUGAAAAAGAACAAAAAAAACAGAAACAUACAAUUUUUAAUUAAAUAAUGUGUGGAGACAAUUUAGUUUUUUUAAAAUACUUUUAAAUUAUAUUAAAAAAAAUUAAUAAUUAUAUUAAAACUUGAUAAAUUAUUUAAGAAAUAUUUGGAAAAAAUAGCAAUUAAAAAUCAAUAAUAAUUUAUAAAUCUAAAAUUAAAUUUUAGAAUAAUUUUCAAAUUUUUUCUUUCUCUAUUAAUUUUUUAUUAUUCAAAAACAAUAUUUAUUUAAAAAAAAAAAAUUAUUAAAAAAUAACAAAUUGUGAACAAUUUCCUCUGAAACACUUUUUUUAAUUAAAAACUGUUUUAAAAAAUAAAAAAAAAUAAAUUAUGAAGUUGAUCUAACUUUGAUUUUUGAUUGUCCGACCGAUUUUUUUAUAGUGACACAUUAAUAAUCAAAUCACAAUUCAUAAUAAUUAAAAAUUCUUAAUUUCAUUUUUAAAUUGGUUAAAAAAAAAAAUUUGAAAUAUAAGAAAAAGAAAUCUACAUCCAAUUUUAAUUAAAUUUGAAAUUAUUUUAAAUAAGAAAUAAUUUUUAUUUUUAAACAAAUAAUUAGCUUUUUUUAAAAUUUAUUUACACAUUACAUUUUAUUAAAUUAUUUAAUUAAAUUUAUAAAAUUUUGAAUGAUUUAUAAUAGAAGAAAAUGUAAUUUAAUUUGGAUUUUUUUUUUUUGUUUUUAGAAAAUUUAGUUUCAACUAUUUUUGAAAAAUAGGUUUGAGAGUUGUUUUUUUUUUAUAUUGUUUUUAAUGUUCUGAGAGCGAUAACGUUGUAAUAUGUCACGUGGCCUUAAGGAUGUUUGACCCAUUGACGUAAUAUCGAAUUGAAAAAAAAAGAAAACGAUUUGUAACACGAAAAAUAUUUAAACGAGUUUUUAAUGAAUAUUUUCAAUAUUAUCAAAGGAUUUUAAAACGAAAGUCUUAAUUCUGAAUUUAGAAUUUUAUUUUUAAAUCCGAAAAUAAGAUGCAAUUUUUUAAAUUACAUUAGAAAUUUUUAAAUAAUUAUCAAAAAUGCAAUUUUUUAAUGUCCAAAAUUCUAAAAUUUAAAAUUUUUGACACUUUUUCUGAAAAAUUGUUUAACAAUUUUUUAGUAUAAAAUUAAUUGAACUAUUCUUUUUGACUGUCCAUCCUCGAAAUUACGUAAAUGGACAAAACUUCCUUAAAAAAAAAAGAAAAAUACAAAAAAUAAAAAAAAAAUAACAGAAUAUAAAAUCCAAAAUGUCUCGUGACAAUUUUUUUUUUUU